AUGGAGGAUUUCCAGGAGGCUGACGUGCUGUGGCCGGAGGAUCCCCAACUCCGACCCUCCUCCAGCGCCCAGCCCCUCGCUUCGUGCGACUCGAAUUGGAAUGGUGCUGAGAAGACCAACCCCAUCGAUAUUCCUCAUGGAGGAUCCGCAAGGAUCCACCGCUCCUGGAAGCUGGAUUUCUCCAAUCGAGAAGGAGAAGGCGGCAAUCGCGGAAGCGACGGCGGCCGCGAGGAACGCGUGUCCGGCGGACGCAAGAAGAUGGUGCCGCCUCAUCUUUUAGUGGCCCGGCGAUUCAGCGGGAAGAUGGCCUCCUCCGUUUGCUCCGGGCAGGGGAGGACCCUUAAGGGUCGUGAUCUCAGCCAAUUCAGGAAUUCGAUUCUCCGACUCACAGGCUUCCUCGAGGGAUGA